UGCCAACUCUUAAUGUGUCGUCGUAAUCGCCCCUUGCUGCUGCUGUGCUGCUUGUCAGAACGAAGUUGUUGAAAUAUCGAAAUAUUUAGCACAAAUACAAUGUUCACUGAUGAUAACCUCGUGGACUGUAUCUGAGAACAAGCAAACUAGAACUCAAUCAAAAUGUGUCCCUGUCUUUCUUUGAAAUUACCAAUCCAUCCCCUGGAAAACACCACUUCGUAGGCUCUACCUUAACCUUUUAUGAUGUAGUCAAAAUUUAAUGAAAUGCGGAAAAAGGACGCUGUUGCCUGUGCUUUUGUGGUGCUCUGUGUUUGGGUCUUAAUGACAUCUUUUCUAUUAUUCUUUCACCCUCUCAGUUCUUCAAAAGAUUACAAGAAAGACGCAGAAUUAGAGGAAAGACUUAGUAAAUUAGAAUCCACCUUAAUAGAAGAAGCGCAUGUACAUGACUCUUUAAUCAACCAUAUUCAAUCAUUAAUUAAUAAAAAAGAUGGAAACAAAGGAAGCAGUAGUAAUAAUAUUCUUCAAAAAGUUAAGAGUGCUGUAGACACGUUUGAGGGAGGGGACAAUACUGGUGCUGCAGAUUCAUAUGUACCUGAUCCACCAGAUCCAGAAGAAACUCAAUACAAUUCAGAAGUACAAGAUGAAAAUCAGGGAGCAGAUGGCACUCUGAAGGAGCCAGUUAUUGCAAUUUUAGUUUUUUCCUGCAAUCGUGUCACAGUCAACAGAUGCAUAGAUGGACUUUUGCGAUUCCGACCAUCCAAACAGCAAUUUCCAAUCAUUGUUUCCCAGGAUUGUAUGCAUGCUGCAACUGCAGAUGUUAUUCGCGCCUAUGGGGAUCAGAUCACAUUUAUUCAGCAACCAGACCAGAGUGACAUUCCUAUUCCACCGAAAGAAAAAAAGUUUAAAGGUUAUUUUCGAAUUGCAAGACACUAUGGAUGGGCACUUAAUCAAACUUUUUUUUCCCUGAAUUACAAUUCUGCAAUUAUUGUUGAAGAUGAUCUGGAAGUAGCGCCAGACUUUUUUGAAUACUUUCUUGGCACUCAUGAACUUCUCUUGAAAGAUCCAUCAUUGUGGUGUGUCUCAGCAUGGAAUGAUAAUGGGAAGGCUGCAUUAGUGGAUACAUCACACCCAGAACUUCUUUAUCGCACCGACUUUUUCCCUGGACUUGGGUGGAUGCUAACUCGCCCAUUAUGGUCAGAACUGUCUAUGAAGUGGCCUAAAUCGUAUUGGGAUGACUGGAUAAGAGAUCCUGGUCAAAGGAAGGGUAGGGCUUGUAUAAGACCAGAAGUUUCUCGUACAAGGACUUUUGGGAAAGUUGGGGUCAGCAAUGGUCUCUUUUAUGAAAAACAUCUUAAAUAUAUAAAAUUAAAUGAUAAGCCUGUGCAAUUCACAAAAAUGGAUCUGAGUUAUUUACACAAGGAUGUAUAUGAUGUCGAUUUUGUCAAGAAGGUUUAUGACAGUCCUAUUAUCUCUUAUGAAGAAUUAAAGACAGGAAAAAUCUCAUUUGAUGGUGAUGUCAGAAUUCAGUAUCAUACCAAAGACAUGUUUAAAAGAACAGCCAAGAUGCUUGGUCUCAUGGAUGAUUUUAGGAGUGGGGUGCCAAGGACUGCUUAUCGGGGUAUUGUUACGUUCAUGUACAACAAACGAAGAGUGUAUUUGGCACCAAGUGCCAAUUGGAAAGGGUACAACAUCAAGUGGAGCUAAUCAUUGACUGAAAUAUCUUUGAGUGCCACUCUCUUUGAAUUUAGGUUACUAAUUUGCUGCUGUGCACAACCUGGUGAAAAACAAGUGCUUCCCUUAUCUUUUUAUGUGUGGCCUCACUUCCAAGCAUUCUUUUGUUUUAAAUGUUAGGUUCUUUAAUGUAUUUUGGAAUUUUAUACUCCAAUUGUUUUGUUAAGUUGACCAAUGUUGAUCUUUCCGCUCAAUGUUGCAUAUAUAUUAUAAAGAAUGUACACCACAGAAGUGUGCAUAAAUUGACUUCUGUUCAAACUUUUAA